AUGGAGACUUGGAAGACGUUUUGCGGGAUCAUCUUCCUUGCAGCUGGUUUUGGCUUCAUUAAGUCACAGAGAAUUGGGUGCAGGGAGGCCUCUGUGGGAGAUGUCGUGUUUCUGGUGGACACCGGCAUCAACUCCCAGAACACCCAGAGCGUGCGGAACUUCUUGUACACUGUGGUCAAAGGCUUCAAUGUCAGCGGAGAGGCGGUCCGCGUGGGGCUGGCCCAGUACAGCGAUGAGCCCCGAUCCGAGUUCCUCCUUUCCACCUAUCGCCACAAAGCCGGAGUGCUGAGACACAUCCAGAGGUUUCCAUUUACGCAGGGGGGCCACAAGAUGGGUCUGGCCCUGCAGUUCCUCCUAGAUCACCACUUCCAGGAAACAGCGGGCAGCCGGGCAAGCAGGGGUGUGCCUCAGGUCGCCGUGGUGAUCAGCAGCGGCCCCACAGAGGACCACGUGCAAGAGCCAGCAGAGGCCUUUAGGAGGGCAGGCAUCCUCCUCUUCGCCUUGGGCAUCGGAGAUGCAGCUUCAGCAGAGCUCAGGGAGAUUGCGAGCAGUCCUGCGGAGAAGUUUGUCGCCUCUGCUCCCAGCUUCUCUGGUCUGGGCAGUCUCGCCCGGAAGCUACGCCAGGAGCUCUGUGAUACUUUGGCAAAGGCAGCUCCACCUGUUGGCCAUGGCUCUCCAGCUUGCAGAGAAGCAGUCCUGGCAGACAUUGUCUUCCUAGUAGACAGCUCAACCAGCAUCGGACCCCAGAACUUCCAGAAAGUGAAGAACUUCCUUCACUCUGUCGUCUUGGGUCUGGACAUCAGCAGUGACCAGGUCCGAGUGGGACUUGCUCAGUAUAAUGACAACAUCUACCCAGCCUUUUGGCUGAACCAGUACCCUCUGAAGAGUGUGGUCCUAGAGCAGAUCCGGAACCUGCCUUACCGUACAGGAGGCACAAACACAGGGAGUGCCCUGGAGUUCGUCAGGACCAACUACUUGACUGAGGCAGCUGGCAGCCGGGCCAAGGAUGGGGUUCCCCAGAUAGUUAUCCUGGUGACAGAUGGGGAGUCAAAUGAUGAAGUCCAGGAGGCAGCGGACAGGUUGAAACAAGAUGGGGUUGUGCUGUACGUGGUAGGGGUCAACGUCCAGGAUGUCCAGGAGUUGCAAACAAUAGCCAGUGAGCCAUUAGAGAAGUUUCUCUUCAGCACUGAAAACUUCAACAUCCUGCAGGAUUUCUCAGGAAGCAUUCUCCAGACUCUGUGCUCAGCCAUGGAGAGCAAGAUCAAAGAUUCUGCCCAGCGCUAUGCAGAUGUCGUCUUUCUCGCUGACACCUCACAGAACACAUCACAGACCAGUUUCCAGUGGAUGCAGAAUUUCAUCUCUAGAGUGGUUGGCAUGCUGGAUGUUGGCAGGGACAAGUACCAGAUUGGGUUGGCUCAAUAUGGUGGUCAAGAUCACACCGAAUUUUUGCUCAGCACUUACCAGACCCAGGAUGAGAUAAAGAAUCACAUUCAUGAACGCUUUGUGCUCCAGGGAGGCUCCAGGAGGACAGGCAAAGCUCUACAAUACCUUCAUCAGACCUUCUUCCGGGAGGCAGCAGGAAGCCGGUUUCUUCAGCGCAUUCCCCAAUAUGUAGUGUUCAUGACCUCAGGCAAAUCUGAGGAUGAAGUCCACGAGGCUGCACAGACAUUGAGGGAGAAGGGCGUGACAGUCAUGUCUGUGGGUGUUCAAGACUUUGACAGGAGAGAACUAGAGCGGAUAGGCACCCCAUCCCUCGUGUAUGAGAUGCAAGGAGAAGACGGGGUCAGACAGGUGGUGCAGGACAUGAGUGGGGUGAUCCAAGGGACUGGGCAGCUUGAGACCAAGAACGAAUUCAAGCUCGAGCCUGUAGUAGCGUGUCCGACUGCUAUCCCGGCUGACUUGGUAUUCCUCAUUGAGGAACUUAGCACGGCUCAGCAGUUGAACUUCCAACAAGUUGUCAAAUUCUUAAAGACCACCGUCAGCUCUCUAAAUAUUCAUCCAGAUGUUGUGCGAAUUGGCUUGGUCUUUUACAGUGAGGAACCACGACUUGAGUUCUCUCUGGAUACAUUUCAGAAUCCAGUCAAGAUCUUGGAGCAUCUGGACAAAUUAACCUAUAAGGGAAAAGGAGGAAGGACCAAUACUGGUGCUGCUUUGGAUUUCCUAAGGAACGAGGUUUUCAUUCAGGAGAAGGGCAGCCGGUCCCAGCAAGGUGUGCAGCAGGUAGCCAUGGUCAUCAUGGAAGGUUUCUCCCAGGACAAUGUGUCCAGACCAGCUUCCCUCCUCCGCAGGGCGGGGGUGACUGUCUAUGCAGUGGGUACCGAGCUUGCCUUGGAGAGCAUGGACCUGGAGAAGAUAGCGUCAUAUCCUCCUUGGAAGCAUGUCAUCUCCCUGGAAUCUUUUUUGCAACUUGCUGUUGUGGGAAGCAAGAUUAAGAACUGGCUCUGUCCUGAGAUUUCAGCCAACAGGGUUUCCAAGUCUGGGAUGGGCUUUGCCCUACAAGAAGGCUGUGCGCACGUCCAGAGGGCAGACAUUUACUUCCUUAUCGAUGGGUCUGGCCGCAUCCACCAAGAUGACUUUCUCGAAAUGAAGGUGUUCAUGAAUAAGGUGAUAAAGAUGUUCCAGGUCGGGCCCGACAGAGUGCAGUUCGGAGUCGUUCAGUACUCAGACGGGAUCAGCAGCCACUUCACCCUCAGCCAGCAUUCCAGUGUGGCAGGGCUGAAGGUGGCCAUUGAUGGCAUCCAGCAGAAGGGAGGUGGCACCAUGACAGGUCAGGCCUUGGGGCGCAUGAUUCAGGUCUUUGCAGACACUGCUCGCAGCCAUGUGCCUUGGUAUCUCAUCCUCAUCACUGACAGCAAAUCUAUGGACCCUGUAGCCGAGGCUGCGGAGGCGUUGAGGGGAGACGGAGUCACCAUUUAUGCUAUUGGAGUCAGAGAUGCUAGUGCUGUUGAGCUUCAGGAGAUAGCUCAACAGAGGAUGUUUUUUGCCCACGAUUUUGAUUCCUUGAGGGCCAUUCAGCAGGAAGUGGUCCAGGACAUCUGCUCCUCAGAGACCUGUAAGAAAAGGAAAGCUGACAUUAUCUUCCUGAUGGAUGGUUCAGAAUCCAUCUCCCCAAAAGAUUUUGAGAAGAUGAAGGGAUUCAUGAAGCGAGUGGUCAACCAAUCUAAUAUUGGUGCCAAUGAAGUUCAGAUUGGCCUUCUGCAGUUCAGCUCAAACCCCCAGGAAGAAUUUAGGCUUAACCGAUACGCCUCAAAGGUAGACAUUCACAGAGCCAUCUCGGAUGUUAAGCAAAUCAACGAAGGCACCCACACUGGGAAAGCCCUGAACUUCACUCUGCCUUUUUUUGGUAGUGCAAGAGGAGGGCGGCCCAGUGUCCCUCAGUAUUUGAUUGUGGUCACCGAUGGGAUUGCUCUGGAUGAUGUAACCAUACCAGCCAAGGCCCUCAGGGACAGAAACAUCAUUAUUUUUGCCAUCGGAGUGGGAAAAGCCAAACAUUCUCAGCUUUUGGAGAUCACUGAUGACCAGAGCAAAGUGUACUAUGAAGAAAACUUUGAGUCCCUGAAAAACCUGGAGAAGGAAAUUCUUUACAAGCUCUGCAUUCCAUCUGAUCUACAAGUCCCUGGAUGCAACGUAGAUUUGUCUGUAGGAAUUGAUCUGUCCACUCCCACGAGGCAAGUUCAGCAGAAGCUUCAAGUGUUGCUGCCAGAGCUGAUGCAGGAGCUGGCUGUGCUGUCCAAUAUCAGCUGUAGUGUUCCUGGUCUGACUUACGUGAUGUUCCGUUACCUGGUUCCCAGCGCAAAGGGCCAGCUUAUCUUUGACUCCAGUUUUGAAAAGUACAGUAAUGAGACCAUUCAGAAGUUCUUGAUUCAUCAGGCUGCCAGUAGCAACCAAAUGGAUGUGGAUUUUUUGCAGUCCCUCGGAGAGAGUGCUAUCCAUCUCUCUUCUGCCAAAGUGAAGGUCCUUUUAGUAUUCACAGAUGGACUGGAUGAUGAUUUAGAGAGACUGAAGGAAACAUCCGAGCUUCUCCGCAGCAAAGGAUUCUCUGGACUCCUGACUGUUGGCCUGGAAGGUGUCUAUAAAUUAGAGGAGCUCCAGGAGCUGGAGUUUGGCAGAGGAUUUGCAUAUACUCAGCCUCUCAGCAUCACACUGCAAUCUCUUCCAAGCAUCUUACGGAAGCAACUUGAUAUAGUUGUAGAAAGAACAUGCUGCAAUACGUAUAUAAAGUGCUUUGGAGAAGAUGGGGACAGAGGUGAUGGUGGGAGCCCAGGGAGGAAGGGAGGAAGGGGCUCUGAUGGGUUACCUGGUCAUCCUGGUGAAGAUGGUAGUCAUGGAGAAAGAGGCCCCCGAGGUCUUCCUGGACCCCGAGGUGAGGAAGGAUGCCAGGGUACGAGAGGACCCAAGGGAGCAAGAGGAUUUUCGGGAGAAAAGGGCAACCCUGGUGAGGAGGGUGCUGCUGGCUUGGAUGGAGAACAGGGUAAUCGUGGAGUCCCAGGGUCAUCUGGAGAAAAAGGAAAUCAGGGAAAUAGGGGCUUGACGGGACCACCUGGACAACCUGGAGAGCAUGGAGAGCCUGGGCUAAGGGGAGAGCCUGGGGAUCCUGGAAUUGAUAGUUUCAUCCAGGGCCCUAAGGGAGGAAAAGGAAGGCGUGGACAUAAGGGACGUUCUAGCAUCAGUGGACCUCAGGGGGAAGUGGGAAAUGCUGGCCCUCAGGGAAGUAUAGCCGGUUCAAGAGGAAGACGGGGUCUGCCAGGGCUGAAGGGUGUGCGUGGAGACUCUGGUGAACGGGGUUAUGAAGGAGAGCUCGGGUACCCAGGCUCACAGGGACGGAGAGGAAGACAAGGACCACCAGGAAUUUUUGGAGAAAAAGGUUUACUGGGUGCUCAGGGGACUCCUGGGCCUCCAGGGCCAAAUGGUUCAAAAGGAAAAUACGGACGAAGAGGAAUAAAGGGAGAGCUUGGUGAUGUAGGAGAAAGAGGACCACAGGGUCUACAAGGACGAAGAGGGCAACCUGGUCUUUCUGGUCCAGAUGGAUAUGGACAUCCAGGAAGAAAAGGAAGAAAGGGUGAACUUGGACUUCCUGGCUACCCUGGUGUGCAAGGAGAAGAUGGUGACCCAGGCCAGCAAGGAGAAAAGGGGGCAAAGGGAGUCAGAGGGAAGAGGGGUCAUGCUGGACUUCCUGGAUUCGUUGGAACCCCAGGUGACCCAGGCCUUCCAGGACCAGUGGGCAUCAAGGGCCCCAAAGGUGCGGUAGACAUGAUGCCUUGUGAAAUCAUCGAUUUUGCUCGUGAAAAUUGCCCCUGUUCAGCAGGUGUUUCCAAAUGCCCAGGGUUCCCGACUGAGGUGGUCUUCGCCUUGGACAUGUCAAAUGACGUCUCCCAGUUGGAUUUCGAGAGGAUGAAAGGCAUUUUACUAUCUCUGUUGAUGAAGAUGGAAAUCACCGGGAGUAACUGCCCCACGGGUGCCCGGGUGGCCAUAGUCUCCUACAACAGCAAAACAGAGUACCUGGUUCGCUUCUCUGACCACAAGGGGCGGCCCGCGCUCCUGCGGGCGGUCAGGGGACUCUCCCUGGUAGGGUCCUCUGGCAGCAGGAACCUUGGGGACGCCAUGAGGUUUGUGGCGAGACACAUAUUCAAACGCGUGCGCGCGGGACGCCUCCUGAGGAAGGUGGCCGUGUUCUUCCAGGCGGGCUGGACCUGGGAUGCAGCUUCCAUCAGCACCGCCACGCUGGAGUUCAGUGCGCUGGACGUCACCCCUGCUGUCAUCACCUUCACGGAGGACCACAACCUCCCCAAUGCCCUGCUGGUGGAUGGAACCAACAGAUUUCAUCUGUACAUCUGGGCGACAGAGAGCCAGCAGGAUGUGGAGCGCAUGGCCCGCUGUACUCUCUGCGAUGAUCGGUGCCAUCCAACCCCAGAGUGCGGGCUGGGCGAGCUCGGGCCACUGGCGGUGGACGCGGAUGUAGCCUUCGUGGUGGACAGCUCCCGCGAUGUGGGCACUGACCUCUACCGCACGGCCUUGACCCUGGUGGAUGCUGCGCUCGAUGACCUGGAGGUGGCUGCGCAGCCCAGCGCAUCCCCCCACGGGGCCCGCACGGCCCUGGUGACACACACGACCCCCGGCUUCUGGCCGGGGGCGGGAUGGCCCCCUGUGCGCGAGGGCUUCCACCUGACCUCAUACAGCCACAGGAAGCAGAUGCAGCAGCACAUCCGCGAGGCCGUGGACCACCCCCUGCAGGGAGCCCCGGCCCUGGGCCACGCCCUGGAGUGGGCGCUGGAGAAGGUGCUCCUGGCGGCCCCGCUACCCAGGAAGGCGCAGGUCCUUUUUGCCAUCGUGGCCAGCGAGACCAGCAGCUGGGACCGGGAGAAGCUAAGGGCUCUGUCCCUGGAGGCCAAGUGCAAGGGCAUCACAGUGUUUGUGCUGGCCUUGGGCCUGGGCGUCGGGCCCCGCGAGCUGGCGGAGCUGGUCCAGGUGGCCAGCGCCCCAUCCCAGCAGCACCUGCUGCGCCUAGAGGGGGUCUCCGAUGCGGAGGUGGCCUAUGCCCGGGGCUUCACGCGCGCCUUCCUGAACCUCCUGAAAAGUGGAACAAACCAGUACCCACCCCCAAAGCUCACUGAAGAGUGUAGAGGCCUGAGCCGAGGGGACACCCUGCUGCAACCCAUCCUGCCUGUUAAGAGGUUGCCCAAGCGCCAGUUUAGCAAAUCUGGCUUUGCUGAUGGUUUGGAAGCACUGGAAGCAACAGGCUCUUUUCUAGAGGAGAAUAGAAAAGCCACAAUGACAUCUUUCACUCAGCAAGAAGCACUCAAAAACUAUGGAAAAAGUGGUUAUGAUGCUGAAGAAAAUGAACAAGAAAAGUCCGCAAAACCGGAAGAAUCUGGAAAAGAAAGACAUUCAGGCACUGCCUUUGGUCCAUGUUCUCUGGAUCCAGUGGAAGGCGAGUGCCAGGAUUAUGUCCUGAAAUGGUCCUUUAAUGAAAAGGAACAGGCUUGCCGACAGUUCUGGUAUGGCAGCUGUGGGGGCAAUGCCAACCGUUUUGAGACUAAGGAAGAAUGUGAGGCUCGAUGUGUUCCAGUACCCUUAUAGAGACAGGCAGCGCCUCAGUGUUGCUGCCUCUGUUUUAAUAACUCAUGAAUCAGAGUUUACCUUUCCUGAGACAGUGCCACACAGAUCAUAAGUGAUGACGGCCAAGCCGCAACCUCAGAGGUCAGAUUCCCCACCCUGUGAAGUUUUUCUUGCCAGCGAGGGCUUGGCCAGGUGAUUUGUGAAGGACUGCAUUCCAGUAGUUUCAAAAAGGAAGCGAAACUUUCCUGAAACUUCUUCUAAUGAGUUAAAACUGAAUGAGAAAGAAACUUGAACUUGGCCUUACCUAAAAAUUUUCUUGGCAUUGUAGCAAAAAGAAAAUUUUCUUGAGAUACAAUUGACAUACAAUAA